UAAGAUACAGACUUAUUUGCCUGAAAUCAUCCAUCGUUUUCUUAAUUUUGAUCUGCUACAAGACCACAACAGCAAUUUUUUUUUCUUCUGUUCACUCUUCUUUCUCUCUCCUUCUUCAAUGUUGUCGAAACUAUCGAAUUAACCCCGCACACACUCUCUCUAAAAUCCACUGAAUUCGAACCCCCGUCUGUGUGUUUUUCUUCACACUAAUUAGGGUUUUGGGGAAAAUGAAGUCUAAACUGAGAGGAUUUGGACUGAAAAGAAGCGAAACAAAGGAAAAAAUUGAUUUGUUACCUCCUGCUCAGUUAGAUGAGCUCGCUCAAGCUGCUCGGGACAUGCAAGACAUGAGAAAUUGCUAUGAUAGUUUACUUUUCGCAGCUGCUGCAACGGCAAACAGUGCAUAUGAAUUCUCAGAGUCAUUGCGGGAAAUGGGUUCUUGUUUGUUGGAGAAAACAGCAUUACAUGAUGAUGAAGAAAGUGGCAAGGUUUUGCUAAUGUUGGGGAAUGUGCAGUUUGAACUUCAAAAACUUGUUGAUAGUUAUCGGUCUCAUAUAUUCCUGACGAUUACAAAUCCAUCUGAAUCCCUGCUCAAUGAACUUCGGACAGUUGAGGAUAUGAAGCGACAAUGUGAUGAAAAAAGAAAUGUCUAUGAAUACAUGGUGGCACAACAAAAGGACAAGGGAAGAUCAAAAGGUGGGAAAGAUGAAAGUACUACUUUGCAGCAAUUGCGAUCAGCUCGUGAAGAAUAUGACGAGGAGGCAACCCUAUGUGUUUUUCGGUUGAAAUCUCUGAAACAGGGACAGUCUCGAAGCCUUCUAACACAGUUAGCACGUCAUCAUGCUGCUCAGUUGAAUUUCUUUCAGAAGGGACUUAAAUCACUUGAGACAGUUGAACCUCACGUAAGACUGAUUACAGAACAUCAACACAUUGAUUACCAUUUCAGUGGACUUGAAGAUGAUGGUAGAGAAGAUGGUGAGGAUGUCGAUGAUACAUAUGAAGGCAGGGAAUUGAGUUUUGACUACAGAGCAAAUAAUCAGGGGCAUGCUGUUUCUGCAGCAAGGAAUUCUAUGGAGGUUGAUGAAGAGGAUCUUUCAAUCCCCCAAGCGCCAGCAGCAGAAAAUGUAGAGUUAAACCCAGACAAAACCCCUGGUGGUUUCCAUUUCCCAAUCAGAGAACCAAGAGGAGGCAGCCAUUCAGCACCAAUUUUUCCAGAAAGAAAACCUGAUCCAGUUGAAAGAAUAAGACAAAUACAGAAAUCAUCGAGGAAGUCCAACACAUAUGUGCUGCCCACACCUGUUGAUGCAAAGGGUGUGAUCUCUUCAAGAGCAAGCGGUUCAGUUCCCAACACAAGGCAAAUAGACAUCAGUGGGCGUCACUAUUUGUCCCAUUCUUCUCCACUGGAACAGAAGAAGAAUGAGAAAGAUUCUGGCGAUAGUCACCUGCCAGAGUUCACCCCUUCAAAAGAACGUUCAGGACAUAAAGAGAGCAACAAUCCUAAUGCUUCCACCCAAUUACCCCGUCCUUUAGUAGGAGGAAUCUCAUUUCCACAGCUUGAUGUUUACAAUGCAUCUGAUAACAAAAAAAUUAAACGGCAAUCCUUCUCUGGUCCGAUAACCAGUAAGCCAUGGUCAAUGAAGUUGGCCUUAUCAUCCAGUGGUCCCAUUUCUGCUACUGAACUUUCACAAGUUUCUGGAGUGCUUGCUCAUGUUGCAAAUCCUCAGCCUUCUACAUCCCCCAAAGUAUCCCCUAGUACAUCACCUCCUCUUGUUUCUUCACCCAGGAUAAGCGAGCUUCAUGAACUUCCAAGGCCACCAGGUAAUUUAGCAGCCAAAGCUGCAAAAUCUCUCGGGCCAAUUGGACACUCUGCUCCAUUGGUCAGAAAUCCUGAGCUUUCUGGAACAAACAAGAUUUCUUCAAGGGCAGCAAAUUUGGCAUCACCUCUUCCCACGCCACCGUUGAUGGUCCCAACAAGUUUCUCAAUACCCUCAAUUAGUCCAAGAACAAUGACUGUACAUGUUUCUAAGCUUUUGGAUUCUUCUCAACUACUGGAUAAACCUGGGAAAGUUGAUUCUCCUCCAUUGACACCGAUUUCCCUCACAAAUAUGAGGCAAGCAGCUGCCAUUUCAGAAUCGAUACUGCAUUCUGGUCAAAUUAGAGGUGAGAUAUCAUGUUCAUUAAUUUUCUGUCAACUGAGAAUCGAGCUAGCAAUACUUUUGUGCAGCUAAGGGUUGCUCCUAUGCCGUCUGAUUCCCCCCCGCCCCCGCCCCCCCUCAUUUUUAUUGGGUAAGGCUUUUUGUUGCUUUGUAACAAUUCAUAUUGUAUGUCAGAAAAAAUGCUCUGGUUAGUUGUCAACUUUAAACUGAGAAUACUUUCCCGCCUGUUCAAUAUGAACUGUGCUGCAUGAACAAGUAAUCCAUUCAAUUGUCAAUAGAACAAGAUAUGGUCUCUUACUGUAUACUGUAUCACUUGCAGGUAAUAUUGAAUGUGUUUCCUUGAUGUGGUGUUAAGUUGUAUCUGUCUUAUCAUGUUGCGAUUACAGACUCCAUGUAGUAUUUAACGAUUUAUUUGGUAUUUACCAGUAUGAAUGUGUGAAUUUGACGUUCUCCCCAUCUGGUGUUACUGAUAGAAAUUCUUGAGCAUCGAUCCUUUGUUUUUUGGUGCCCGGAUAUAAACAACUUAACUAAUCUUCCGCUCAACAUGAAUAAUCUCAAGGGUUAUAAAAUCUUCUUCUGAAUUAUUUUUAAACUGGUCAUUUUUUGUAAGAGAUUGCUAAAUUGCGUUCAACAAAUGAAUUGUUAGGUCAGGUUUGGUGUGGACUGUUUUGACAAACAUUAGUGAAACACCUCUGAAUAAAUAGGGAUUUCCCCUACUUGUCCUGUUUAUUGUCUUUUAGUUGUGUUCAAGGUUUCGAUUUUGGUUCUGAUUGCAAACUUGCUGGAUGCAGGAGGGAGCUGAUGCGAUGUUAUGCACGCCAGAUGAGAACUUAGAUUGAUUUUUUGGAGUCUGCCUGACUAUUUUUUGGUAUCGUCAUCUACUAGCUGGGUACUGUAAAUACAAAACAUUAUGCAUUUUUCAGUUUCUCAUCCCACAUUCUGUUCAUCGCGUGAUUGAUAAUGAUGAGAACGAAGCUCUGCAUAAUUGUGGAUCAUUACACAUCUGUAUAUCUUCUCAAUUGAGCAAUUUUGUUGUGUUUUUGGUCA